UCGCAAACAAGCACGAGAAAGAUGUGCCUGCGAAGAAACCAGAGCCAGCAGCUCAUCCAAGACUUGGCCUACCAUCGAUGGAAACGAAACUCAAACUGGACAUAUCGAAAGCACAAGAGAUUCCUAGGGAACCCACUGAGAGGCAGCUGAGGAAGGAGAAGCUAGACAAGUACGAGAAGGAGUGUACCCGCAUCACAGACUACCUGUAUGUUGGAGGACUUCACGUGGCCCAGAACUUGGAGCUCUUGAAAGGAGUUGGUAUCUCCCACAUCAUCAACUGCAGCAGAAUCACUUCUGAGAACUUUUUCCCGGACUCUUUUACUUACAUGUCUAUUUACAUCAACGAUGCGCCAUCUGAGGACAUCUCCUGUCACAUCUACGAUGCUGUUCACUUCAUCGACAAGGCUCGUAAGGCAGGAAAGAAAAUUUUGGUUCAUUGCACUCAAGGGGUGUCGAGAUCCUGUUCAAUUUGUAUUGCUUACACCAUGUUGAAAGAGAAAGUCUCUUACGAUGAGGCUUUUCAGCGACUGAAAUUGAAAAGAGGCAUCUGCAACCCAAACGCAGGAUUUUGCAGCCAACUGGUGCGAUGGAGUAAGAGAAUUCUCGAUGUACACGCUUGGAGCCCAGAGUCAGUUGCCGAUGCCGCUCCUCGCCUGUUCAAAGUGGAUUUUUAUUAUCCCAGCGUGAAGGAGGCUGGGAUUUCUGCGAUGUUGAUAGAGAAC